GACGGCGGCGACGCCCUGAGCGAGCAGAGCGGCGCGCCCCCGCCUUCCACGCUGGUGCAGGGCCCCCAGGGGAAGCCGGGCCGCACUGGCAAGCCGGGCCCCCCCGGACCCCCCGGGGAUCCAGGUCCUCCGGGUCCUGUGGGGCCACCAGGGGAAAAGGGUGAACCAGGCAAGACCGGCCCUCCCGGGCUGCCGGGUGCGGGGGGCAGCGGCGCAAUCAGCACGGCCACCUACACCACGGUGCCACGCGUGGCCUUCUACGCCGGCCUCAAGAACCCUCACGAGGGUUACGAGGUGCUCAAGUUCGACGACGUGGUCACCAACCUAGGCAACAACUACGACGCGACCAGCGGCAAGUUUACGUGCAACAUUCCCGGCACCUACUUUUUCACCUACCACGUCCUCAUGCGAGGCGGCGACGGCACCAGUAUGUGGGCGGACCUCUGCAAGAACGGCCAGGUGCGCGCCAGCGCCAUCGCCCAGGACGCCGACCAGAACUACGACUACGCCAGCAACAGCGUGAUCCUGCACCUGGACGCGGGCGAUGAGGUCUUCAUCAAGCUCGACGGAGGCAAGGCGCACGGCGGCAACAGCAACAAAUACAGCACAUUCUCCGGCUUCAUCAUCUACUCCGACUGAGCUCCCCGUGUCCUCCUCCAUCCCCUAUCCAGCUCCCCCCUCCCCCGGGGCUCCCCUCUCGGCGGGCUGAGGACGACCCAACCCCUCGCUGCCCCAGCCCUGGCUGCCGGCCCUCCCUGGCUCUGACGCCCCCCGGCCCGCCCUCAUCACCACCCGGGCCGCAGGCUAGGCUCUCCUGCCCGCUCGCCGCAGAGCCGGGUCCAGAGCGCACGGUCCCGGUUUCCCGAGAGGCGGUGUCGACCGCCCCCGCCCUGGCCCGAGCUGUAUAUUUGUACAAUAGGACUGUUUAUUGUCCACCCUGCUCGUCAGCCCGCCUCAGACUGGGGACAGGUCUUGGCGGGGUCCCUUCCUGUGCUCGGACGCGCUGUCCUCCCGCUCAGGGGUAGCGCCUCCUGGGAGAGGGGUGGGUUGGGGCUGGAUAGCGUCCCAGCACCUGCUAGAGCCCCAGCCCGGCUGCGCCCCAUCUGACCAAAGCUCUAAUAAAAACACUUCCAUCCCA